AUGAGGUGCACAGUGCCAAGAGCCCUCCUUCUGUCGCUGGCAGCCACCCUGUCCCCAACUCUGGCCCUCUGGGAUGAGUACCAGGUGGAGAGAAAAACCAUUUCUGAAGGAAGAAACCAAGUCACUGGGCUGGGACCGCACCCAGAAAGCCAUGUCUCCGCCCUCGCCCAACGAGCCCUCCCUUCUCCCGGAGGUGGGCAGUUAGUUUCAAGCUCCCUUCUCUCCGCCUUCGGACCUGCGCCCCCUGCACACCUCCCAAGGGGUGCACCUGUUUCUCGAUCUGGCCAGAGGCAGGAUCAUCGCGCGCCACUCAUAGACUCACACUCCCUGCGUUAUUUCUCCACCGCCUUCUACAAUCCUGGCUUCGGCGAACCUCGGGUCAGGGUCGUCGGCUACGUGGACAACACACAGAUCUUGAGCUUUGACAGCGACAAUGAGAGUCAGCGAGUGGAACCGCGGGUGCCAUUUAUGGCGCAGGAUCCUGAGCAUUUGGAUGAAUUGACGCGUAUCGGCAGGCGCAUCUUAAUAAUUGGCCGAAUCGAACUGAGGGCCCUGUUCAACUACCGUAGCAAGAGAGAGAAUGGGUCUCACACUAUCCAGGAGAUUUGCGGCUGCGACAUAGGGCCAGACCACCGCCUACUCCGUGGGUAUAAGCAGAUCGUUUACGAUACCCAGGAUUACAUCUCUCUGACUGAGGACCUGCGCUCCUGGAUCGCAGUGGAUACCAAGGAGGCUCAGAGCACCAGGCGCAAGUGGGAGGCAGCUGGGUUUGCAAGGCCAUGGAAAUCUUUCUUGGAAGGAGAGUGUGUGACGUGGCUUCUCAAAUACCUGGAUAAAGGGAAGGAGAUUCUGCAGCGUGUAGAUCCUCCAAAGACAAAUGUGACUCAUCACCCCAGACCUGAAGGAGGUGCCACCCUGAAGUGCUGGGCCCUGGGCUUCUAUCCUGCAGACAUCACCCUGACCUGGCAGAGGGAUGAGGAGGACCUGACCCAGGACAUGGAUCUUAUUGAGACCAGACCUGCAGGGGAUGGAACUUUCCAGAAGUGGGCAGCUGUGGUGGUGCCUGCAGGAGAAGAGCAGAGAUACACAUGCCAUGUGCUGCAUGAGGGCCUGCCUGAGCCCCUCAUCCUGAAAUGGGAGCCUCCUCCACCUCCCACCACCCCCAUCAUGGGAAUCAUUGCUGGGCUGAUUCUCCUUGGAGUAUUGGUCGCUGGAGUUGUGGUUGCCAUUGUGAUGAGGAAGAGUGCAGGUAGGAUAAUGACAGUGUCUGAGAUUUGGGCCUCACUGAGAAAUUUCAAGGCCUGGAUGUAGAUGUGCCCAUGUCCUGUUUGUACUGUAAAGUGUAUCCAUUCCUGUGUGCUUAGCCA